AUGGCUGUUCAAACUAACUGGCAAGUAACAAGAUCCACCGUCAGAGAGAGAACCAAAUUUAUGUUCAAUAAUGAACGCUUGAGCGAUGUGAAGUUUAGUGUUCGAGGAAGCGACGGCGAAAGUGAAACUGAUCGUUUGAUCACUGCUCACAAGUUUGUGCUUUCCAUUGGCAGUCCUGUGUUUGAAGCCAUGUUUUAUGGUGAGCUAGCGGAAACUAAAGACACUAUUCAACUACCUGACUGUGAUUACGAGAGUUUGUUGGAGUUGUUUCGUUACCUGUACAGCGAUGAAGUAAACUUAAGCGGAAGUAAUGUACUGGGAGUACUCUAUUUGGCCAAGAAGUACAUGGUUCCUUCGCUUGCUGAAAAAUGCAAGGAUUAUCUCCAAGAUAAAUUGGAUCCUUCGAACGUUUUCACCAUCUUGCCAACUGCCCUGAAAUAUGAAGAGAAGAACCUGGUUGAUCUAUGUUGGAAAGUAAUCGAAAGUCAGACUGAACAGGCUUUGAAAGCAGAUGGAUUUGAGACGAUUGAGAAGACCUUGCUUGAAGCUUUGGUCCAACGAGAAAAGCUGCAGAUCAGAGAAGCCGAGCUGUUUAAAGCUUGUGAUCGAUGGGCGAUCAAUCAAUGCAGAAAGCAGGGCUUAGCAACUGACGGUGAACUAAAAAGAAGAAUUCUUGGCGAGGAAAUUAUUAAAGCAAUACGCUAUGCAGUGAUGAAGCAAGAGGAGUUUGCUGGUGUCGUUCUUGAUGCAAAGAUUCUUACUCCGGAUGAAAUUGUCACUUUUUUUAAGUUUUUUAGUUCACAAGAGAUCUCUCCGCCCUUAGGGUUCUCGGAGACUCGAAGACGCUCAUGUCUUCACCGUUGUGGAAGGUUUACCCUGAUGCAAAGAUGUUCUUGGGAUUGUGACGGAUUCAAUAGGGAUGUUAUUGAAUUUCAAGUGGACAAAGACAUAAUUCUAAAUGGAGUGCGGUUAUUUGGCAGUGAGAGCAACUUAUACAACUUAGAUACAUUAGAGUUAUACCAAGGCAACCCAUAUUUGUCUGUAUCACCGGUACCUUUGGUGAAAUUGGAAAGUUCAACAUAUCCUUCAAAGCUAUUAGAAUCAUGCCAAAAUUUAAGCUACCAUGGAUUUGAAGUUCUUUUUAACUCUAAACCUUCCUUGAAAAAGAACACUCUGUACUAUAUUAAGGUCAUAAUGUCUGGACCGAAAUCUGCAAGCGGAUGUGAAGGCUUAGCAAGUGUGAAAAUAGCUGGUGUGACAUUUACAUUUUCAAGUCCUUACCCCUAUCUUCCAAUAGACAGAGAUUGUGUGAAGCAAGGCCAAUUUGCUGAAUUCCUGUUCUCUUUACCCAACUGAGAGUCUUGUUUUUCAACCAAUCCAUACUCCAUUAUAACAUUCUGUGCAACCAUAACCUGCGUUACAGCCGGCCCACGCAUCAGUUGUCUUGACUACUAGUCAGUGACAGUGUCUGUAACCUUGGUCCAAGAGAGGGAGAGAGUGAGGGAGAGAUCUAACCCUGCAUUCCUCUUCAAACGCAUACUUAAUUUCUGAUUCCAAGGAUAUCCACCUUUAACACAGGGUGGUUAGACAAGGACAGGUGAUCAACUUCUGCCAUAAUAUCGAAACUAGCGGGUGAGAAUUACUAGUAAAACAAGAUGGACGAUUUUCCAUUAUUGUAUACCUGCAAACUGUGUGGACCCGUGUGUGCUCAACUUGUAAGCAAAGCUAAAUAAAGAGUAGACUAGGUUUUAAAGCUGCAAGAAUUCAAAGGAGAAAAAUGAGCUUCCACAAUUUAAGAUGGAAGUGCAGUGACCUUGGAUGACUUUUAUAGAUCUUUUUGCUAGAAUUGUCAGAAUUAAAUGCUUCAGAUUUUUUGUUCAGCCUAAAGGUACCGUAUUGUUUUGUAGACAAUACUUUGAUUUAGUUGUGCAGUACAAGAAAGGAUAUUGAUGCGCCUUGCUGGGGGAAUGCGGGACCCAUGACCAACUUGUCAAUUUAAGUACAGUGUUUAAUAUAACAAGAUUAUUUCUUUCCCUUGCUAACUUUGAAACUUGCAAGGUUAAACCCCAUGUUACUGUUCAAAUGAACCACUUUGGUAGAACUUUAGCAUAGAACCACUCAUUCCUCAGGAUUUUACCAAAAAAAUGUUGUCGUUGUUGUUGUUGUUAUUGUUAACUUUUUCAACAGGGAGCCCAAAAGUGCGACCACUUUUGAUUUAUUCACAUUCUUUUGUUCAGAUUUAAGGUGGCUUGAUAUAGUUUUUUAAGGUCAAUACCUCCCAAGUUUGAGCGUAAACUACGUCGCCAUGAACAAAGAUUUAGAAAAAUUGACACCACAGCUGUAUUAGAUAAAGAAGAAAAUUGGUUAUGAUCAGGGUUGCAAUGACAUUGGAGUUGUCGUUGACUGUUGACUGGCAGUAUAAAAUGUAUCAACUUGUUAAAUACUUAGCCCUGUCACUUGGGGCAUUCUUAGAAAAGAAAGGGUUAAAUUAGGAAGGUUUUGUAAAUCUGGCUCCUUGAUGAUAUAACUAACCAUUUUUUGUAUUCAUUUCGUUAUAAUUUCUCUGUAAAAUGUACAGGCCGGUUCUGAAAUAUUAUUAAUGAGCAGGCAAUUUUUCAGUUACUUUAAUUACAGUAUGAUUAGUCAAGCACUUUGUAACCAGACAGUUUCAAAAGAACUUUCUUGAUGAUGAUUGAUGGCGGGCUCUUAGGACUAAUAAAUGACUGAUCACCUUAGAGCUGACUUCAUUAAUAAAGUUUACAGUUGUUUCAUUUGGUAGAGUAUCAUCAGACCCUUCAGAUACACCAUAAUGGUCACUUAUUUCAAUUCUGAAAUAAUGGGUGAAAGAAACUUUGUAAAAAUUGCGUUAGCCAACAGGGGUGGAACCCUUGCUCAUAUAUAUGUCAAGUUAAUUAGAUAUAUCUGCUUUUUAAAAAAAAUAAAUAAAAUAGGUUCAUAGGUUCAUUUUACCAAAAAAAUUAUGGGAAAAAACAUUUGAGGCUAGUUGAGGCUGCAUCAGGUGCCUACCGGCAGAGCUAAAAUACACUUUUCCACUGGUCAGAGUACAGGUCACCACGAUACAGAUAAAUGAACAUCUAAAAAAAUAGUGCCAGAGAAGAAAAGAUAAACAUUAAACCUUCUAAAACAAAGGAAGAGAUGAAAUUUGUAUUCGAUGCUACUAAUAAAGAAUAAAAACAACGUAAAAAAAAUUGUUUUAUAGCGAUUUUACUUUCAGCUGCCUUUGUAAUGCAUCAUGGGUAAUCCAAGAUGGCGGAUAAUCUCUCAGGUAAGUUGUUGGUCAGGUUUUCUGGCUCUUUAUUAGGAAUAUCCUUUAUUUCGAUGUACAAUAGAGCAAUUUACAACAUAAUAAUUGUAUCUGAAAUACAAUUAGACAAAAUUAAACAAUUUUUGCAGCAGUGUUCGGUAAAAAGUAUGCAAAAACUUACCAACCUUCGAGGUGUGAACUAGAUUUCAAAACUCUAGUUAUAAGUCGAACUUGACUUUUCAUUUACCGAUUUCUAUCAUUGUAAAAACAUUAUAAAUAACAAAUUAUUGGAUAAACUUAACCGGAGGUGUAUGAAAGAGAAGCUGGCUAAUGCUAUGAGGGUUUUAGAAGAAAUGCUUGAGAUUUGUUUAAGUUCCAGACAGUGAAAUGUUGAUAUUUUUUUUUCUUUUACUGGCCUACUUUCACGAAAGUCUUCACAAAUAUAGCCUUGUUAUCUUAAUGUUUUAGAAAAUAAGCUUAAGAGGAUUAUCAGUAUAGAAUCAGAUGGACCCCAUAAGAAACGUCUUUGUCUGGAAAUGAGAAAUGACUGUUUAAUACUCCCAUUGUACCAAAGAUUCUGGUGACCUAUCAUCAGUGCAAGACUUGCAGUCAUGGCAAACGCUUGUAAGGGCCGCCGAAAUUCGGCAGUACGCACCAAUUUUAGAUCUCGCCAAAACAGUGGUUGGAGAAGAACUUCCAACCAUUACAUACCACCGUAAAUACCGCAGUACUUUUACUAUGAAAAGAGAUCUUGACAACAUUACGGUAAAGAGAGAAUUCAAUGCAACGAGCCAGAAUUAUCAGAAAGAAGAUCGUCUAUUCGGGAACCCCCAACAAAAAGCACAACGUAUAAACGAGUUUGCAUUUUCUGUGACAAAGUUAGUAAGUACGCUAAAGGCAAAGAUGUGCGGGAAAAACUGAUACAGUGCAUUGAUCUGCGUGCAGACGAAAAUAUUAAAAAGACUGCGUUGGCAAAGAAUGAUAGCAAGUUAUUAGCUAUUGUGUCACGAGAUUUGGUAGCAGCUGAGGCAUGCUAUCACGGAACUUGCUACAGAGAAUACACCCGGCCAAAACAAGAAACAGGCACCUCCUCGACUUUAUCAUUUACAUCUCAGGAUGAUGAAUAUGCUUGCACUGAGUCAGCAGCGUAUGAGAAGCUUUUCGAUUACGUCAGGAAUAACGUACUGGUGACGCCUAAUCUAAUAAGGCUCACUGAUCUUACUCAAACGAUGAUCUCCUACAUGAAAGAUCUGGGCAUUAAGGAAACUAAAGAGUCCUCCAAGACACAUCUUCGCAGGAAACUUGAGGCAGAGUUUGGCAGUUUAUUACAGUUUGGAGACCUGCUUGGUAACAACAGUGUGUUUAUUAUCCCUGCCAACUUGUCACGACUUCAGUUGGCUAAAGAAGUAGCGCGAUUACAGCAACUGCAGUGCGAAGGUCAAGCAUCAUUAAUGGAUGACAUCCGACGAGUUGCUCUAGAAGUUCGGAAAGCCAUAUGUUGCAAAGAAAACGAGAUGUCGUGGCCUCCUAAGCCUUCCCAGCUCACUGAAGAGGAAAUAAAUCUCCCUGAUGAAGUCAGAGUGUUUCUAGCUACCUUGUUAACAGGAAAUUCAAAGUAUCCAGAAGAACCGUACUCAUCAAAAGUCCAGCGGCUUGUCAACUCGUUUGGGCAGGACAUGGUAUUUGGAGUGACUGGCGGUCCGAAAGAAACCUCCAAAACAGAUAUUACUUCCCUAUGCUGUCAAGACCUUGACAAAUAACGUAGAACUAAUUCAGAUCUUGAAUCGAUGUGGACAUGGGGUAGCCUACUCACAAAUCGAAGAAUUGAACACAGCGUUGGGUCUUCAGAAAAUGGCAGUGACCCGGAAAAUGCCGUCCCGCUUCCUGACAACAUCAAGCCUUACAUCAGUACAUUGCUUGCCUAGGAUAACAUCGACAGAUUAGAGGAAACACUCUCAGGUGGGGGGACGUCGCAUAGAGUGAAUGGCAUCGCAAUACAAGCUCGACAUCUUGGUCCCGAUCUUCCUCCAGCCCAGGUGACCCCUGUAAUAACGAAGUCCAAACAAAGAAGCCUUGAAGUAGUAAGCGAAUGCGAUCUUCCCAUCUAUAAUGCAGGAGAGCGCUGUGGUCCCCCUCCAAGAUCCUAUGUUGAAGUAUCCUCAACAGAGAUACAAAGAAAUGCUUGGAAGAAGAAUCUCUUGUCGAUUCCUGUUCGGCUCCAUGCUGCCGAAAAGCAGAACGUUUGUGGGUGGACAGGGUUUAAUAUCUUAGUGCGGGAUGAGAUCGAAGUGAGGAAAGAUAACAUACGAUAUUUGCCAACUAUCGAUGCACCUGCGACGAACAUGUCAACAGUAUUCGAGAUUUUGAAUCAGUCAUUAAAGAUCAAGGAAACCCUCAAGCUUCAAGCUAUAGUUGUUGUGUUCGACCAAGCGUUAUAUGGUAAGGCCACCGAGAUAAAAUGGAAGCACACUGAGAGGUUUCAGAGUAUAGUUUUAAGAAUGGGAGUAUUUCACACCAUAUGUACGUUCCUGGGAAUAAUUGGAAAGAGAUUUCAGGAUGCUGGGUUGAAAGACAUUUGCAUAGAAUCCGGAGUCAUCACCGAGGGUUCCGUGUGUGGAGUUUUAGAAGGCCGGAGAUAUAACAGAGCUGUGAGGUUCCAUAAACUCAUGUACGAAGCCUUUAUGCGAAUGGCAUGGACGGGAUUUGAGAAUUGGUUGACAGAAAAUCAACAAAGUAAGAAGAGAGCGGUAUAUGACGCCGUUAAUGGACUUGCGAGUUUGUAUGACAAGAUUUGUGACACCGAGUUCCAAGACAAACUUAAAAGUCAAUCUUUCGUCGUGUUAACUGACCUUUACGACCAGUACAUGGACUAUCUUCGGUACAAGAACGGAAAUUUAUCACAGUUCUGGGUUUCCUACCUGGACAUGAUGGAGAUAUUGCUGGGACUACAAAGAGCGUCAAGAGAGGGUGAUUGGAAGCUCCAUUUGUCAUGCGUAAGGAACAUGGUACCGUGGUGUUUCGCAUAUGACAAUAUUAACUAUGCCAGAUAUUUCUUAGCAAAUGUGUUUGUAUGUGUACAAAGCUAAUAAGAAAUGAAUAGUUUGGAAAUCGUAGGUUCAAAGAAGUUAUGUCACAAUGGUUUUGUAUUACUUUACACCCCUAAGAACAAAUUAGAAUCGCAGAAAACCCUAAAGUAACGGUUCAGUUCUAUCGGCUAAAAUUACUCUACUUGCAUACCUCGACUGCAAGCCUAUGUCUUCGGCUCUAUUGUUCUCUCCUUGAUAAAAUCAUUCAAUAUCUCUUUUUUGAGUUUUAAGAAUGACAAGAUUUGAUGGACCACAGUUAAAAUUUCGGCUCAGCUUUGACCAAACACCUGUGGAACCAUGACAUGGCUCCUAUAAGAAUUCGAUACCUGGCACACUUCCAUUGAUUUAUUGCCCUAGCUGCCGAAUUAUAUGUUCAUCAGAAACGAUAAAACAAAACGCAGAUACUUAAAAUAAUUGCAUUUUAUUACAGGUAUCUUUCGUCGUAUUUGUCAGACAUGGCGCAUCUCGAAAACGACCAUCCCAGUGUUCUCGAGUAUUUGGAGUCAGGUGGAUUUGCCGUGCAGAUAGGAGAAAGUAACCCUUUCGGAAAAAUACCUGUGGAUCAAGCUUGCGAAGAAACCGUCGACAGAGACACGAAAACUCCGGGAGGUACAAAAGGAUUCAGUCUAAAACCCCAGGCUGUGAGCAAGUAUUACUUAGUAGCUGAGUAUAGAAGCAUUUUUAUGCGCAACUUAAAGGACAUGCUUCAACUAAAUACAUCAAGCUGUCUACACAAUGACCUCCAGAAGACCAGGAUCUCCAGAGACGAAAGUGAUGUGAAGUCAUUGCUAUCAAUAUUGGAUAGUUGGAUAAAUCCAUUUGCAAUCGAAAAACAAGAUCUUGUUUGUUUAUCCACCGGAUGGCAACCGAACAAAUCGAAAAAGAUCUUCUCGAGGCUCACGAUAUUGGUGAGAGAGCUUACCGCUGCUUCAGUCAACAGAGACUAGAAUCGAAUCCAGCAAAGGAGAAGUUUUUCGACGCAAUGAAAAAGGUAAAUCUCAAGACCUUCGCUCACCUAAGCAAGAAAAUGGUAGUCCAAAAGGGAACUGCAAACGAAAUCAUAGUGAGAGCGGACAGAAGAUUGUUUGCACAGAUGAUCGUAAUAGCUGAAACAAGAAAGCUUACUAUGAGUUCAGUGCUGUCUCAUCCUCUGGGGCCUCUUCCCUGGGCACUAGCCUCUCCUGAUGGUUCCUUAAGAAAAACUAACAAGAGUACAUUAGCAAAGGAACUCCAUAAAGAUAUACCAUCGGUUGAAGCCAUCCCAAACCCAUCUGCGUGCAUCAUUGAUGGCAUGUCCAUGGUCCAAAGGCUCAAAGGAGACCAUAAGACAUUUGCUGAAAAUGGUUGAUGUUUUGAUGUCUAUGAUCCUGCGAGAAGGUGCAACGAGUAAGCGUAUUGACGUCGUCUUCGAUGUUUAUAGAGAAACGUCGAUAAAGAACACACAGAGAGAGAAGAGAGGGUGAUACACGGGAAUCGAGUACAGAAAUAUACAGCCAGAUCACAGAAUACAACAAUGGAGGAAGUUCUUAUUGAACCCUCAGAACAAGAAGCAGUUGAUUAGAGUUGUCACUAAAGAAUGGCAGAAAGAGAGGUUCAGGCAAAGACUAACAGGGAAACACCUUUUCACGACGACCGAGGAAAGUUGUGUUGAGAUUUCAGCAGAUAAUUUCAGACCAAGAGAAUAGCUGACGUCAACUCAAGAGGGAGCAGACACUAGACUUCUUCUUCACGCAUCUCAUGCAGCAAGGAAUGGUUUCAAGGCUAUUGUUAUAUCAUCAGAAGAUACCGAUGUACUUGUAUUUUGCCUGGCAUUUAAGGACUUUGUUCCAGCUACCAUGUAUUUGAAAUGCAGUACACAGACUCGAACAAGGUUUGUCAGCAUUACAAAUGUCUUCGAACGUCAUGGUUCUAGGAUUUGCAAAUGUCUUCCUAAUGUCUGCAUGCUUUCACUGGAUGUGAUAGUGUCAGCGCAUUUUCUGGAAAAGGAAAACUGACGGCGUUAAAGUUAGUAAAGCGACGUCCUGCAUACCAAGAGUUAUUCCAACAGCUUGGCGUGGAAUGGGAAUUAUAGAAUGAGCUAUUUGUGCGUCUCCAAGAGUUCACGUGCCUGAUGUACUCUUCAAAUCCUGGAACUAAGGAUGUUAACGUGUUGCGUUACCGUCCCUUCUGCGCUAGGAAAGGAGAGUUAGAGUCACACCAGCUUCCUCCAUGCCAGGACACGUUACGAAAGUAUUGUGAGAGAGCAAACUAUCAGUCAGCAAUAUGGCGCAGGAGUCUUAAAAGUUCACCCCAAAUCCCCUCGCCCAUUGGUUCUGGAUGGUGUCUAAAGGAUGGUAAGUUGACUAUUGACUGGAUGAGUGGGGAACCGGCACCCAAGGCUGUGCUUGAGCUCCGAUCCUGCUAGUGUAAGAGAGUCUGCCAGUUGCCAAGCUGUACCUGUCUCGCUAACGGAUUGCAUUGUAAUGACAUGUGUCGGUUACAGGAGUGUACAAACCAGCCCGAGGAAGCUGCAGAGGAUUUAACUACAGAUGACUCUGUUAUUGAAUGUGAAGAUGAUUAAGCUGUAGUACUCUAAAGGUUCUCGCGGUGCCUUGAUAUAAUCUCUUAGUGUUGUAGGGUAGUGGACAAAGCUAUUUGCAAAAUAACAGACAGGAAAGUAAAAAUGGUCAUAAGGUGUUGAGGUUUUUAGCAAUGUUACUGCGUGUCACUAAAUAAACGAAAGCUCAAGCUCUAGUCUGAUGCCCUUGUAAUAUCUAUUUCGAUGGAAAUGUGACUAAAACGUUGAUUAUAUAACGCAAAUAUUCGAUGUAAAGUGUACAUUGACAAAUUAAAGCAAGUAUCUGACGAGUUUCCCUGAGGGAGUUCAACAUUCCUACGUAUGAAAACACUUUUAGCCCAUGUGAUUGUUGCUAUGGCAACCAAGGUAUAUCAUUUCUCGUUAAUUUUCUAAGUCAAAUGUUAUUAUAAUGUAAUUUUCCAAUUAAAUCAACAGUAGAGCACAUAAUAUGCAUGAAACCACUCUGUUCUCAUCAACCACUUUUAGAUAGUUAGCUCAUAUUUUGUCAGUGAUUACGUCAGUUAAUCACGUGAUUUUGAUAUUUAAGCUGGCCAUAUAUCAUUGCUAUCAUACAUCAAACUAAAGUAAAGGAAUUGAGGUUCAAGAAAAUGUAUGAUAGCACUGCUCCCAUUAAGUGGUAAGAAAUUCCAAAUUUUUAGGUCUUGGCCCAUGGACUAUUAUUGCAAAACAGUUGUGUUCGGCAAGCGUUCAGGAUUGCAUGUUGCGCUAGUGUUCAAUUUUUUCCAAUUAAUAAUGGCUUCUAACUACUCACACAGGGAAACUCAUUGACGAGUCAAAGCGUUAACUAUUUGGAAUGAACGGAUAUUACUUUGCCUGCGUACAGCCGCCCUUUUCCGAAUUUGUUUGAGGGCAGGGGCGGCUUUACUUAGGCUAUAGUAACAUGUUGUUCUUGCUCAUUUGCUUUAGGGAACUUAAACAAAGACGUUUUUGAGCAACGCACAUUAGGCUGAUUUAGCAAGAGAACGGGAAGUUGACGACUGCGCACGCAAAUCAAACAACUGGCUUGGCCAAUGGCACAGAGGCAAAUUGGGCACCGGAAGUCGAGUUUAGUCCUUACCGCGCGCUUUCCCGUUGUCAAGUGACGUUCCCGUUCUGUUGCUGAAUCAGCCUAUUGACCAGAAGUGAUGCCUUUUCCAUGUUAAUAUGCCUUGACUCUACCCAAUUUUUAUUGCUAAGUGUCUUUACUCUUAAAGACACGAUUUGCCCUAAAAUUUUGGCAAAACCACUGCCCAAGAAUGCCAAAAGUCCACUUCCGGUUGAUGUGCGUCGCUCGAAAACGUCUUUGCCUCAUCUCUCUGUUAGGUUCGGCGCAUGUGAAGUUUGACGUCUGACUGUGGCCUAACAUUUCAUUUUAGAAUCGUGGAUUUCUUUUCAAGUUGAAGGCACUAUUUCCAAUCCAUCAUCAUUUUGCGGAUUUUACGUUUUCUUUCGGGUCUUUUCCUUCGAUAUUUUGUCCGUUAUUUCAGAAACGUGUAAUUUACGUGAAAAUAACUUAACAAAAAUAAAUCUCUUUUUUAUGUAUGCAUUGGACUCGAGUUGUUGUCGUUCGCAUUUUUAUGCGUAAAGACGUCUUGUUUUCAGAUAGUUGACGAUGUUGUCGAUGUUGACAUGUCAAAUGCACAAACAAUGCCUAAAUGUUUCAGUUAAAGAAGAACAACUUUAUAUACUCCGAGAUUAAAUAGAUAAUGUUGUAAUUAGUUUACGGGGGGCUCAACAAACUUUUCACCAGGACCUUCUCUUGUUUUUAUCUUACUAUUAAAGUUCCCUCAAAAUUCCUGUCCUUAGAGCCGCAAAUUACUUUUAUUUUGGCUCAUUGUACGCUGUUGAUCAUAGCUCAUGAUAAACCUCAUUGUAGAUCACUGCAUCUCCACUCUGCGUUAAAAUGUUAACAUGUUCGAAAUCGAUUAAAAACUAUCUAAAAUGUAAUUUUUUAAAUAUCCCAUACUGAAAUAGUAACUUUUCUCUAUGUCGUUCAUCUGUUUCUUACUCACAGCCUCGUGCAUCCUUAGUGCCGAUAUGAGGAUUUCGGGAAAACUUCAUCAUCUUCAUUCUAUAUGUUUUAAUUGUACAUGUUGCGAACAGGAAAGUGAAUAUUAACUUUCCCCUCUUUAGUGAAUCAAGAAAGGUUUGCCACGGGCAUCCCUUAAAUUUGCCUUAGGAUAACGGCGUUUCAAUUGCUAACCUUUCGUCAAAGCGGAGCGCUUGUGAAACGUCAACCAAUAAAUCUCUUCACGGUGGUAAAAAAAAAAUUCUGUGUUGAGCCCUCUCUCCCCACUCUACUCCACAGAGGCUCCCGCUAGGUAUCCCAAUUAACAUAGCAAGAAAAACAGCAAUAAACAUAAGCACGCGGGGAAGAUGGGAAGAGGGAAAAAGCCUCUCAGACCAGUAACAGGUUGUUUCGCCAACGUGCCGUUCGUAAACGUCUUACACCAUCGUUCCGCUAAGAAGGGAAACGAGCGCUGCGUAUAUCGCGCAUAUAUACUCGGCUUCGUUCUCUCAGCCAUGAUACAAAAAAGCGAUACACAUGUAUAUACCUUGUUCUUUUAAACAUUGAUCAGGCGAAAGUAGUUCUCGAAACUGACCCAACACGUAGCGAAACGACUUCAGAAGUAAACCCUCGUGCCUCUCAAUUCUCUUCUCUUUGUCUCCCUCGCGUUUUGUUUGUUGCCGUCUCACCAUCCUCCUCUCCGGAGGAGCCGGAGGUGAAUAAACAUAUGUUUAACCCCCAAGCAACGCAGCACCAUACCAUUUACUAAAGUUGAGAAAAAACUGACACGUGAUUGGAGGAAAGAACGAAAGUCACCUAACUGCAAGCAGAAAAUCACUGUAACGUAACUGCAGCAAUAAAGAAGAGGGGAGUAUCAAACCUUUUAUAUAAGAGGUAGGGAUGUUACAACAUGAGGCAUCAUUAAAUAAACAUUGAAGAGUUUAAUUUCUUUUAUUGGUGGAAAAAAAUAUGGAGAAGGGCUCAAUUAAUUCACCUGGUCGUUUUCGGACUUUUCGGAUAAUAGUCUGAUAACUUCUCCGAUUAACAGGACUCUGAUUGUGGGGCGCGAAAUGUGUUUUAGCGAGCAAUGGACCGAGUAAAUCGCGUACUAAAGUUCCCAAUGCUUCACUUUUUCAAUUGCUUCUGCCGAAGCUGCUGUUUCCACUUUCUUCUUGUCUGAAAGAGGAAUCUUUUUUCCAGACACGAAGCCUAUCCUACAGACAAACUAAUCUCUGAAUACAAUUUCAGAAACAAGAUACGUCUAGGUCUCGUAAUAUAAGAUGGGGCGGUGAGGGGUGGUAAACGAAGUAACUUUAUCGCCCAAGUACAGGUCCCGCUGGCCUUAGGGCUCCCCCGGACCCCUCCCCUAGAUCCGAAACUACGGAGCCUUUAAUCUCAAAAGCUCCCUGGUUUCGGAUCUUAAAAGUAACAAUUACGGCGAUGGCUACGAAAACGUCACUUAAAAAGGGAAUUCGAGCUGCUUCCAAAUUAAUCGCGCCCCUCCAUCUCGUUCAUUUCGUCAAAUGUUGGCAAAUUUUUCUGGAGUUGAAUUCUAAAGGACCGUAGAAGUUCAAGAAAACUGUGAAAAUUAAGUCAUUGUCUUGAGUUCACGUCCCUCAUAAAACGGGCAGUUUCACGUCUUAAGGUGAUGUCACACGAGACGAUUUAUAUUCGCAAAGACAAUUUUUAGCGCAACACAGCAUUGCAAAAUUAAUCGACAUUGUUCCGACAUUGUUUUGAAUGGUGACAACAUUAUUCCAACAUUACAACAUUUUGUUGCGCUAAAAAUCGUCUGCUACAUAGGCUAUUUAUCAGGGUGGAUAAAUUAAGAUAAAUUUACACAGCGCGCUGUGCGCGCAGGAAAAAAAGAGCAUUUACACCACGCCAUCAUGCUUUCGUGACGUCUUGUGGAAUCGCGUGACUUCUAAAGCGCAACUUACUAACAUUUGUACUAAAGCGGGCGUUGUCUUAAGGCAUAGAAAGAAAUAAUUUGCUACCGAUUAGACACUGAACGUAUCGUUGUCCACAAGUGUCACUGCGCAGAGUGAUCAUGGCUGUUCAAACUAACUGGCAAGUAACAAGAUCCACCGUCAGAGAGAGAACCAAAUUUAUGUUCAAUAAUGAACACUUGAGCGAUGUGAAGUUUAGUGUUCGAGGAAGCGACGGCGAAAGUGAAACUGAUCGUUUGAUCACUGCUCACAAGUUUGUGCUUUCCAUUGGCAGUCCUGUGUUUGAAGCCAUGUUUUACGGUGAGCUAGCGGAGACUAAAGACACUAUUCAACUGCCUGACUGUGAUUACGAGAGUUUGUUGGAGUUGUUCCGUUAUCUGUACAGCGAUGAAGUAAACUUAAGCGGAAGUAAUGUACUGGGAGUACUCUAUUUGGCCAAGAAGUACAUGGUUCCUUCCCUUGCUGAAAAAUGCAAGGAUUAUCUGCAAGAUAAAUUGGAUCCUUCGAACGUGUUCACCAUCUUACCAACUGCCCAGAAAUAUGAAGAGAAGAACCUGGUUGAUCGAUGUUGGAAAGUAAUCGAAAGGCAGACGGAACAGGCUUUGAAAUCAGAUGGAUUUGAGACGAUUGAAAAGACCUUGCUUGAAGCUUUGGUCCAACGAGAAACGCUGCAGAUCAGAGAACCCGAGCUGUUUAAAGCUUGUGAUCAGUGGGCCAUCAAUCAAUGCAGAAAGCAGGGCUUAGCAACUGACGGUGAACAGAAAAGAAGAGUUCUUGGAGAGAAAAUUAUUAAAGCAAUACGCUAUGCAGCGAUGAAGCAAGAGGAGUUUGCUGAUGUCGUUCUUGAUGCAAAAAUUCUCACUCCGGAUGAAAUUGUCACCUUUUUUAAGUUUUUUAGUUCACAAGAAAUCUCUCUGCCUUUAGGGUUCUCGGAGACUCGAAGACGCUCAUGUCUUCACCGUUGUGGAAGGUUUACCCUGAUGCAAAGAAGUUCUUGGGAUUGUGACGGAUUAAAUAGGGAUGUUAUUGAAUUUAAAGUGGACAAAGACAUAAUUGUACACGGACUGCGGUUAUUUGGCAGUGAGAGCAACUUAUACAACUUAGGUACAUUAGAGUUAUACCGAGGCAACCCAUUUUCAGUGCUUAUAUCAUCGGCACGUUUGGUGAAAUUGGAAAGUUCAAAAUAUCCUUCAAAGCUAUUAGAAUCAGGCCAAAAUUUUAGCUAUCAUGGAUUUGAAGUUCUGUUCAACUCUAAACCGUCCUUGAAAAAGAACACUCUGUACCAUAUUAGGGUCUUAAUUUCUGGAGCGAAAUCUGGAAAGGGAUGUAAAGGCUUAAAAAUUGUAACAGUAGCUGGCGUGACAUUUACAUUUUCAACUCCACCCAACUAUGCCCUGGGGGACAGAAGUAGUGUGGAGCAUGGCCAGUUUGCUGAAUUCUUGUUUUCUCUUCCCAACUGA